UCAUGUUGGAAAAGUGCUCAACGACCAAGGGCACGGAGUAAUGGUAGCAUCUUCUUUCAGUAUAGAGCAGUACAUCUGCAAAUUCAUAAUACCAUCAAUGAAAUGCAGCUCCUGACACCAGCAGCACUCAUGCAGCCCCACAGAAGGACACUGCCACCACGUUUCACUGUAGGCACCAUGCAUUUUUCUCUGUACUCCAUAAACGCCAUACAGUUUUGAAGCCAUCAGUUCCAAAAACAUUUAUCUUGGUCUCAUCACUUCAGAGUACAGGGUCCCAGUAGUCUUGUUUUUUUGUUUUUCAGCAUGGGCCCUGGCAAAGUCUAGGUGGGCUUUUUUGUGCAUGGGCUUUAAGAGAGGCUUUCUUUGUGGACAAUACCCAUGCAUGCCAUUCCUCUGCAUGUAUGCCAUAUAGUGUCACAGGAAACACCCCAGUUUGGCUUUCUACUUCUCUAGCUAACUGCAGAGAACUUGC